UUGUAUUUUGUGGUUAUUUCCCUUUAAUAGCUCUUUGGCAUAGCGGUCUGUUUGUUUGGCGUGUUCCUAGUUGAUGUGAGCCGUGUAUUCGGACCGAUGGGUAUUUUUGGGAACCGGCAACCUAGCCGUUGCUGUGUGGUGACGAAAUUUGAGAGAAGCUGUCCUCUGUGGGUCUGUUUGCUACAGCCGCCAUGUUCAUGGAGUACUGGAAGAGGAAGCAGAUGAGCCUCACCUACAGCUGGGACCUGGAUGGACUGGAGGAGGAGGAGGAGCAUCCACGGCCAAAAUAUGAAGCUAUUCUGCUGAAGAAGAGGCUGAAGAAGAAGAAGACCAAAAAAAAGAAGAAAAACAAGCCCAACAAAGGUGCAGAGGAGGCAGUGGACACAAGCAAAGAAAAAUGGCGACAGAGGUUACUGUCUGCCCUGGGCAGAGAGGUGCCGCCAGGCCAUGAGAAGCUGACCUGGAAAGACCGGAUGCCGGGAUACAUCCUCAACUUCUCCUCCAUUUUGUUCAUGUUUGGCCUGACAUUCGCCGUCGUCUUCGGCAUGAUCAUCUACCGCAUUACCACCUCGGCCCUGUUGGCCAUGAGCCCCAACUCAGAGACCAAGUCCAACGUACGCGUCACAGUCACUGCCACGGCUGUCAUCAUCAACCUGGUGGUCAUCCUCAUCCUGGACGAGAUCUACGGCGCAGUGGCCGUCUGGCUCACUGAGCUAGAGAUUCCAAAAACCGAAUCUGAAUUUGAAGAGCGGCUCAUUCUAAAGGCCUUCCUUCUGAAGUUCAUGAAUGCUUACGCCCCCAUCUUCUACGUUGCCUUUUUCAAGGGGAGAUUCGCCGGCCAGCCCGGGGACUAUGUAUACGUAUUCAACGGCUUACGGAUGGAGGAGUGUGCCCCUGGGGGCUGCCUCAUCGAGCUCUGCAUCCAGCUCAGCAUCAUCAUGUUGGGGAAGCAGCUCAUUCAGAACAACGUCUUUGAAAUUGGCAUCCCGAAGCUAAAGAAACUAUUCAGGACAUUGAAGGACAAGGGAGGAGCUCCAGAGGAGAGCGACGACCAGCACAGCAGACCACCGCAGCGCUGGGACCUCGACUACGACCUGGAGCCCUUCGAAGGGUUAACCCCGGAGUACAUGGAGAUGAUCAUCCAGUUCGGUUUCGUCACCCUCUUCGUCGCCUCCUUCCCCCUGGCCCCCCUCUUUGCACUCCUGAACAAUGUCAUCGAGAUCCGGCUGGACGCCAAGAAGUUUGUCACCGAGCUGCGCCGGCCCGACGCCGUCCGGGCCAAAGACAUUGGAAUCUGGUACAACAUCCUCAGCGGAAUGGGCAAGUUCUCAGUCAUUAUAAAUGCCUUUGUCAUCUCCUUCACCUCGGACUUCAUCCCGCGCCUGGUGUACCAGUACAUGUACAGCGAGACGGGCACCAUGCACGGCUUCAUCGACCACACGCUCUCCUACUUCAACGUCAGUAACUUCAAGCCAGGCACAGCACCCGUCUCUUCCCAGUUCGACAGGGAGGUUACCAUGUGCAGGUAUAAGGACUACAGGGAACCUCCCUGGUCCCCGACACCCUACCAGUACUCUAAAGAGUACUGGUCUGUCCUGGCUGCGAGACUGGCCUUCGUCAUCCUUUUCCAGAACCUGGUGAUCGUUCUUAGCACGCUAGUGGACUGGCUCAUCCCAGAUGUUCCCAAGGACAUCAGUGCUCAGGUCAAGAUGGAGAAGACACUGCUGGUGGACGUGUUCCUGCACGAGGAGAAGGACAAGCUGCAGCUUAUCCAGAGUCUGUUCCUCAAGGACAAGGAGGGACACCGCGCCCCAGCCGCCGGCCAGCUCCCGGCCCAGGAAGGGGAGGGUGGCCCUCGUGCCAGGGGCCGCGCAGCCAGUUUCAGCCAGUUCAGCAGUCAGCCGUCGCCCGGGACGACCGUGAAGCACACAGAGGUGUGA